AUGAGGUCCUCGCUGGCUCUGGUGUUGCUCGCCAGUGUCACUAAAAUCACCUGCUACAACUUCGACUUUGAGUCUAUCCAGCUCCAAGACGAAGAUGUGGACAAAAAUCCGGAUGUUGCGUUUGGCGAAAAGUCAACCCCUAUCGCCGGCGCUGAGGCAUCCGCGUGCCGAGUCUUCCCCGGAACAGAGCAAUGGCCAGCGGACGAAGCGUGGACUCGACUCAAUAAUUCACUUGGCGGAGUCCUCCUGAAACCGGCGCCCCCUGCUGCAGUCUGCUACCCGAGCUCACCAUCCUAUAAUACCGCUCAGUGCAAUUAUAUCGUGUUUAACGCCUCGACGAACCGUUUCUACAUCAAUGAUCCCCUCACGGUGUUGACCGAAUGGCCCGAGGGCAGCACCUGCCCCGCUACUCUGACACCCAAAGGUAACUGCACUCAGGGCGGAUUUCCUGACUAUGUCGUCAAUGCGACGACGGUAAAGCAUAUACAGAUGGCUGUCAACUUUGCCAGGAACAAGAACAUCCGGCUUGUGGUCAAGAAUACCGGCCAUGACUGGGUUGGCAGGUCCACUGGCGCCGGCUCUCUCAGUAUUUGGACCCACUACCUUAAGAGUUUUGAAUUCUUGCCAGAGUAUACACACGACAAAUAUAAGGGCGUAGCAGCGAAGGUCUCAUCCGGCAUAGAAGCCUGGGAAACAUACGAUUACAUGGAUAUCUAUAACAUGACCCUGGUAGUGCCCAACGGAUACACUGUCGGCGCCUACGGCGGUUGGAUGACAGGUGGUGGACAUUCCAUUCUCGGCUCCAUCUACGGCUUGGGAGCGGACCAGCCGCUGUCGAUCCAGGCCGUGACGGCUGAUGGGAAAUUCGUCACUGCCGACCUGAAUAAUAACCCGGAUUUGUUUUAUGCACUUCGUGGAGGAGGCCCUGGUACUUUCGCCAUCGUGACAUCAGCUGUCAUCAAGGCUUUCCCGUUCCUCGAGGUAACUGCCACGACUCUCGCCUUCAACUACCGGAACAGUAGUACCAUUCCUGAGAAUGACAUCACACUGCCCCUGACCCUCCAAGAUCGGGACCUCUUCUGGCGCGGCUUCAACCUCUAUAACCGCUUCGGCCUCUCCGUUGUCGACGCCAACGGCACCGCUUACAGCUACGCCACUGCCCUCAACAACGCUAGCAACAUAGAGUUCACCGGGACCUUCGAGUUCCCAGGUAAAUCCAAGACGGAAGUCAAGAAAUUCAUGCAGCCCCUUUUCAAUGAGCUCAACAAAAUGGGUAUCAAUGUCACCAAUCCCGAGCCCGGCCCUUCCACCAACUGGGGCCCCAAACGCGAUGGCGUGGGCGAUGUACCAGGGAACUCCCGUUUUGGCUCACGGCUUUUCCCACGAGCCAACUGGGAAGAUGACGAGCUAUGGGAGGAUACCAUGCGCGCCGUCCGCGAGACGACGGAGCAGGGAUACAUGUUCCAUGGGAUCCACGUUGCACCGACCGAAGAAGUAGCCGGGUAUCCGGGGCAGAACGGGAUGAACCCCGCGUUUCGGCGUGCGGUCAUGCACGCGGAUAUGUUCGAUAUCGGCUCUGCGUACGAUAACGGAGGCUCUAGAGGCGAGGCGACGCCGGAGCAGAUUAUCAGGGGGCACGAGUUGAUGAACGAGGCGCUGAAUAAGUGGAGGGUGGCUACGCCGGAUGGAGGGGCGUAUAUCAACGAGGCCGAUGUGCAGGAGCCGGAUUGGCAGAAGAGUUUCUUUGGGUCUAAGUAUGAGAGGUUGUUAGAAAUUAAGAAGAAAUGGGAUCCCUGGAGUCUGUUUUGGGCGCCGUCUACGGUGGGGAGCGAAGGGUGGGCUGUCAGGGAUCCAGAUGGCUUGCCGACGCAGAAUGGGCCGCUUUGUAAGGUUUAG